UCGGCGGCACGGGCUGCGGCGACGGCGAGUUCAACCGACCUGUGGAUGUCACGGUGGACGACGACGGGGACAUAUAUGUGGCGGACUGGGGCAAUGACCGGGUUCAGAUGUUCAACUCGGAGACGCGUAUGUGCAGAAGUUCCUGGGGGAUGCGUCGCUGUCGAAGAUUGCGCGCGAGUAUAUGCUGACGAACGCGAUGCCGAACCGCUUGCGCGAUAUGUCGAAUAUCGAGCUACAGAAGUUCCUGCGGCGACCGAAGUCGGUUACUAUCUCAGGAGAUGGGCGGCUGUUCAUUGCGGAUAACCAGUCGUACCGGCUCCAGGUGUAUCAGAAGGAGGUCAUCCAUCUGACGCCGGAGCAGUAUGGGCCGCCGGUGCGCUCGCCUACGCUGAACCAAGAGUAG